AUGACCUUGACCCUGAACUCGACCUUGCCCCCUACCCCGCCGCUAUCCACGGCGCUGCAGCCCCUCACCCCACUUUUGGGGGACAGGCUUCUGCCGGCUCCCCCUCUCCGUUGCUGCCGGGAGGAGUCUGACAGCCGGUACCGGCGGGAUUGGCUGCGGUUCCGUGACGCGGAGGGGUGGAACCGCAUUACCACCGGGAUGAGCGCGGCCGAGGGCCGGCCCCGGUGCCGGUGGGGCGGCGGCGGCGGCGGCGAGGCGGUGCUCCGUGCCCGUGCUGAGGCCGCCGGUUACCGGAGGCUGCUGCGAGCCCGAGCCGCCGAGGUGGAGGCGUUGCGGGGCGCGGUGGACGCGUUACACCGGCAGCUGGAGGGGCUGCGGGACCGGCGGAGCGGGGAGCUGGCCAAGUACCAGGAGCGGGUGGCGGAGCUGGAGCGGGAGAUCGGGGCGGCGGAGGCGGAGAUGGCCCGGUGCCUGCGGGAGUACCCGGCGCUGCUGCGGCUGCGGAUGGCGCUGGAGGCGGAGAUCGCCGCGUACCGGGAGAUGCUGGAGAGCGAGGAGCUGCGCCUGGGUGCCCUGGCCCCGCCGUGAGCGGACCCAUCACCAGACACCGGCCCUGCCGUUACCACCGGAUCCCCGGUCCCGGGACCGGAUCCUCAGCCCCACCACCGGACCUCGGUUCCUCCGCCGGACCCCAGACCCCCGACUCCUGCGCCCCGGGCCACGGUUCCCUCGGACCCUCUGGAGCUCUCUGGACUCACGGAGCCCCGGUCCUUCUGUCCCCCCCCUCCACGGGCCCCYCGGACUUCUGCACCCSCGCCUGCCCCGGGACCCCCGGGAGGGCAGCGCCCGUGGGGACACACACUCACCAGCCUCUCCGGGGCGGGGGUCCCGGCCCAGACCCCUGCGGAAGCACCUCAAUAAAGCCCCGUGGCACCA